UCCCCUCAACCCUUUUCUCCCAAUUGCGUAAAUCUAAGGCUAUACCAUACCAAUAACACCCAAACUCAUUCCAAUUUACACUCUCUGUGAUCUUCAUUUUCCUUGAGAGGAGAGAGAGAAGAAAUUAGGGCACAAAAAUGGAUCCAGAUGCAGUAGCGAAAGCAUUUGUAGAGCACUACUACUCAACUUUCGAUGCGAAUCGUCCAGGAUUAGCGAACUUAUACCAGGAUUCAUCCAUGUUGACCUUCGAAGGGCAGAAAAUUCAAGGUACUCAGAAUAUCACUGCUAAACUCACUAGCCUUCCUUUUCAGCAGUGUCAACACUCCAUCACAACUGUUGAUUGUCAGCCUUCUGGCUCUGGCGGUAUGCUUGUUUUCGUCUCCGGUAACCUCCAGCUCGCCGGUGAACAGCAUGCUCUCAAAUUUAGUCAGAUGUUCCAUUUGAUGCCAACACCACAAGGAAGCUUUUGCGUGCAGAAUGAUAUAUUCCGUUUGAACUAUGCUUAAGUACAGUGAUGGGGACCCAUAUUCUCGACAAAGGCUGAAGAAUUGUGUUCUUUGAUUGUCCGCCAUUGAAAUUAAGUGUUGCUUGUGUGUUUAGUUCCAUAACAUUCUGAUGGAAACUGGAAAUAUUUUUGGCUAGUCAUGUUAAAAUCAUUGUCUGAUUUUGUGUUUUGCAUUUGUCGUGAAGGUUUAGAUUCUGGCAUUUGUAUGGGGCAGUCUCUGGAUAUUACUCUGAACAGACAUCUCCAGUUUCAAAAUUUACAUAUAUCAGAGUAUUCUGGAUUCUCAGUUCA